AUGUACACGAUUCGGCUGCUGCUUCUCGUUCUAUCACUCGCCUUGGCGACCUUCGCACAGAUCGAUCGUCUCUAUGAUAACCCAAACUGCACAUUACCAUGCCUGAUAGAAGGCCUCACCAAUUCAGAUUGCAGCACAACCGACCAGGCAUGUCUGUGUCAAGACGCCGACUUCCUCCAUUUUGUCGAGAGCUGUGCUGCCGCAAGCUGCUCCGUGAAGGAAGCCCUGGUGACGCAAAAGAUUACCCAGGACGCAUGUGACUUCUCGCUACACGACGAAUUCGGCGCAACGGUAGUGCCCCGUAUUAUUUUGUUCGCCUUGCUUCCCACGCUGGCCGUCAUACUUCGUGUGUCCGUUAAGAUCGCCCGACUGGCUACAUGGGGGGCGGACGACACCACUAUCGUGCUGGCAUACUGCGUAUUGCUUGGGCUAUUCUCUGCAGACAUGCUAUGGGGCAAGUUUGGAGCUGGAAGAGAUCUCUGGAGUCUCACUCCGUAUGAGAUUACGCACUUUUUCUUGAACUUUUACAUUUUGCAGGUCCUCUAUCACUGCACGAUCACCCUAGCGAAAGCCUCGAUUCUCUUCAUGUACCUCAGAAUUUUCCCCGACGAAAAGUUUCGACGCGUCGUUUGGGGCACGCACGCCUUCAACUUUUCCGUCGGUAUCAUUUACCUGCUCAUCACCCUCUUUCAGUGCCAACCCAUCAACUUGGCUUGGACCUUCUGGACGGGAGAAACGGAGGGGCAUUGCAUCAGCAUAGAGCACACUGGCAUGGGGCAGGGCACCAUAAACGUUGCCCUAGACCUGUGGAUGCUCGGCCUGCCGGCCACGCAAAUUUGGGGGCUGAAUAUGAAGCGGCGCAAGAAGAUUGCCGUGAUGUCCAUGUUCAGCCUAGGACUUUUCCUCACGGUAGUAAGCAUCAUUCGGAUAUUGACGAUCAAAGAGCUGGCUAAGUACCCGCUCAACCCAACUGCGUUCAUCAUGCCAGCCGCCAUGUGGACCGACAUCGAGGUCUACGUUGCGGUGUUUGUAGCGUGCAUACCGAACACGCGCCAGUUUAUCUGGGGAGUCAUCCUGCGGCGGCACAAUAAGGGCGUCAAGCUAGGCUCGGAUCAGAUACGAGAGAGAAGCCCCGGCAUGAUUUUCCACCCAAAGACGCCAAUACGGGAGAUGUGUGAAACAGUAGACAUAAGCCCAUAA